CUUCAACAGUUAACAUGUAUAAAAACAAUAGAGGAUAUAUCACUUAAUUGAAACAGUGGAAUUUAUUACCGUUGAAAAGCGAUUCAGCCAUUAAGCUACUGUUACUGCGGAGAUUUGAUUUUUUGGAUCCAUCACUUUGUGUAUUAGAAUCAGGAAGCUUCUGGAAUUUAUCUUGUUUGUGCAUCUUUUAAUAGUUUGUAGACUUUCAAGAUAUACAGUGUUAUUGAAAUGUGGCCAGUCAUGUUUUCACCAACUAGAACAUGAGAUGGUUUUAUGAGUCCACGAAAAUGGAAGAGGCCCAAAUAGAAUUGGUCUAUGUUACAGAUAGAAUAAUUUGUAUGUCAUUUCUAUCUGAAGGCUAUAAUGUUGAAUAUCAGAGGGAUCUACAAGACGUGUUUCAUAUGCUUCGUGCAAAACAUGGCGAAAAUGUCUUGGUUAUAAAUAUCUCUGAACCCAGGGAUGACCUACAACGAGCAAAUAAUCAGAAAGUUAUUGAUUUUGGUUGGCCGGAGCAUCUGGCUCCACCCCUGGAAAGGUUGUGUAAUAUUUGUAAGAGUCUGGACUCCUGGCUGAACUCAGAUCAUCACCAUGUGGUGGUUAUACACUGUAAAGGGGGGCGGGGCCGUCUGGCCGUCAUCAUCGCAGCCUUCCUCAACUACAGUAACAUCUGCUCCAGUUCAGAGCAGCUCCUGGACCGGAUGGCCAUGAACAGGUUCUAUGAGGAUAAGCUGGGUGGACUUAAAAGUCCCUCCCAUCGAAGGUACAUUGAGUAUUUUUCUGGACUCCUUUCGGGUGCAAUAAAGAUAAACUCUAAUCCCCUCUACCUCCACCAUCUGGUAAUGCACGGUGUCCCAAACUUUGAUCAUCGGGGCGGGUGUCGCCCCUACAUCACUGUGUACCAGAGUAUGCAGCCAGUAUUUACAUCUGGUGUCUAUAAUGUGACAGAUCAGAUGCAGAAGGUGUGUAUUUCUAUAUCCCCCGGAAUUCCCCUGAGAGGGGACAUUAUGAUAAACUGUUACCACAAGGCUAAUACAGGCCAAAAGGACCCCAUCUGGAAAUGUCAGUUCCAUACCUGUGCUAUAUCCAACUACAACCUUUUAUUUAACAAGGAGGAGUUAGAAGAUGCUGAUAGAGAUCCUCGUUUCCCAGAUAAUGGAAAAGUAGAAUUUGUGUUUGGGCCAAAUCAAGAUGCUAUUGUUCCAGUGAGUGACUUUAAGUCUGAUGUGACAGUGCCCGUUGAGGACAGUACAGAAGAACUUGCAGGGCAGGAUCCAAGAUAUAUUGAUGGAUAUACGAAAGUAGAAAGUGUUUUAAGGAGAGAUGAGCAGUCCUCAUCAUAUUCCACAGACACUAAAAGAAUGCAGAACACCAACAACAACACGAAGUCCUACGGAACCCAGAGUUACAACACGCCGUACUCCACAAAUGCCAAGCAGUCCGUCACGCCACUGGACGAACAAACUCAACUGGACGAUAUUCUGAGUAACUUACUUAAUGACCAAGUGAUCAGUCCAAAGUCCGGCUCCAGCACAAUGUCCAAGGAAAGCAGGACUUUUAGGACCUACGAGACACAUACCGGACCGGACGGAAAACCCGCACAUCAGUCGGCGGAGGUCACAUAUAAACUGCCUGGAGAAGUGAGAGAGGAGAGGCAUUACACAGUGAAGACGGAGAAAUCAUCCUCUCCAUACAUGCCGACUAAGGCUUUCAGUUAUACCACCUCACCCGAGAUGGCUCGUAAAUUCGAUAGUCCUAAAUCAAACACUCUCCCUUAUAAAACGGAUUAUGACAAUCGGUAUCAAUCCGAGAUGUCCUCCUCUUCUUACAGCACCAUGCAGAACGGGAAGACAUUUUCGGAUACGGAUUCUUGGCUGCAACAGCAGCAGAAAAAACUUAGGGAUAAAAAGGACUUUAAGGACGAUGUUCGUGUUCAACAGGAAAAGAAACUGGUGGAAGAGCUUCGCUCGGCCCAAAAUCGUUACAUGACAAAACGCGCUCAGAGUGAGGAGGAAGCGUCCAGUGUGAAAAAUUCCAGUCUGUCAAACGGUCCAGCCUCUGCCCCUCCCCAGGGAUACAGCUACUCCAUGUCCAGAACUCACACAUACUCAACAGAGAAAUCUCCAGGCCCUUUCUCCUCAGGUGAUUCAACUUUCGUUUCUAGAGUAACAAAACCCACAAGUCCAACCAGGGGGCUGCAAACAAAGGUUAUUUUACAGCCAGCUUCUGCCCCCAUUUCCCCUCCUAUGCGAUCCAGUAGUAAGAACUUUAUGCAGCGAUCUCGUACUCUUAGCAAUAGUGCAGUGGACGGAAAAGGCCCUCAGAAGCUUGUAAGGCAAACCUCUGAUGUAACCUUUGACCGUAAGGAUGAUAUCCAGCCCCCUGUUAUUCGUCAAAUUACCAUAACGACCCCACCCCGUAGCCCCCGACCUUUCUCCCCCACUUAUCAGACCAGUACUUAUAGGUAUUCUAAUCGAUCUGCUGCUAGUUUGUCUCCUCCAGUUGAACGAAAGACAUUUCAGAGGGACUUCAGUGCUCCUCCAGUUCAUGAGCCCACUGUGGUGAGGCACACCAGUCAAAGAGCAUUCUCGACCUCUGAGUCUGACAAUUACAAAACCAAGAGCCUACCUCGCCAUGCAGCAACUAAGUCAAAAGUCACCGAAAUUCAUGAGUCGGCUAUACCAGAAGGCAAGAAAAAAUCUCACUAUAUUACUGAGGUCUAUGUACACCGCAGUCCAGGAGCAGUGCCCACAGGAACUGUCGAAAAAUCAUACAAAACAACAGAACGAGAUGACAAAUUUGAUGAUCUGAAACAGUCAUUGAGUGCUGUCAACAACACAGUGCUCAAUCAACAACAGAAUCUGAAUCAACAACAGACAACGGGUGGUUAUACCCAGGAACAUGUUGUCACACGGCGUGUGGAGACUCGGAAGUAUGAAACCAACUACCAGCAACAGCAGCAGCAACAGGAGCAACAGAUGUCCAGCACACUCGCUGGACAGAGCUAUGCUACCACCCCCAAGACUUCACGGACGGUAGAGGAGGACCGCUUCAGCCUGAGGCCCAUUGGACCAGGCAUGCAGCCCCUGGAGCCUGAAGGCUCACCAACCAGUGUGGGGACACUCAACAGAUCUACCACCCCAAGCUUCCCCACAGCCACUACCCCCAGCUUCCCAGUGAGUCCCGGAAUGUACACAGAUAACAGUCACCAGAUGAUGCAGCAGCGAGAAGUACAAUCACAGAGUCAACCAAUACCUAUAGAAAGACAACAUCAACAACAGCAACAACAACAACAACACUUCCAGUAUCAACAGAGUUACCAAACCAGUCACCAACAGCACAGCUACCAGACAAACCAGCAGCAACAUCAGCAACAUGUGCAACAUCCACAGCAGCAUUACCUGACUGAGGAGCAGCAACACAUGGGCACCAGGAGCCCCCUACACAUAGACACCUCCAGUCCCCCGAUGAUGUCAGCUGGUAUCGGGUCAAGGAGUCCAGCAAGCGCCCACUCCCCUGAGACACUGAACACUCUCAGACAGCAGCUUCACGUGGCCAACAAUGUGUCACAGUCAGCUGCCCUCAGUCCUAACACCGUCACAGGUCAAAGUUCACCCAGUGUGUACUUUGGACUCUCUAGGAGAGGGAGCUUAUCCUCUGUUACUGAUUCUGUUGAUGCUCUCCAUGCCACACCAAAGUUUGUUAAAGACACAUCGAAAUACUGGUAUAAACCCAACAUUUCUAGAGAAGAGGCUAUUCAGCUGCUGAAAGACAAGGCUCCAGGUACCUUUGUCGUGAGAGACAGUAACUCUUUCCCAGGGGCCUUUGGUUUGGCUCUGAAGGUGGCCACCGUCCCAGCUAACGUCCAGACUAAGUCCACCGGGGACCCCUCAGUAGACCUGGUCAGGCACUUCCUCAUAGAACCCACCCCUAAAGGAGUUAGAUUGAGAGGCUGUAAUAAUGAACCUGUUUUCGGAAGCUUAGCUUCAUUAGUUUAUCAACAUUCACUGACACCACUGGCCUUGCCAUGUAAACUAGUUUUACCAGAACCAGACACCAUUCAUGAUCACGUAGAUGGUCCUACUUCACCGGACUUCCCCAGUUCUGCUGCUGCUCUUCUUGCUCAAGGGGCAGCCUGCAAUGUUCUCUACCUGAACUCAGUGGACACGGAGUCCCUUACUGGGCCCCAGGCUGUUGCCAAGGCAAUCAAGCAGACGUUCGAUGGAAAUCACAAACCAAAGCAGACGGUUGUUCAUUUCAAAGUCUCUAACCAGGGUAUCACACUCACAGAUAACCAGAGGAAGCUUUUCUUUAGAAGACAUUACCCUGUAUCAUCUGUCACAUACUGUGGGAUGGACCCAGAAGGAAAACAAAUAUUUGGAUUUGUUGCCAAGAAACAAAGUGGUGGAACUGACAACACCUGUCAUCUGUUUGCAGAACUAGACCCUGGUCAGCCAGCAUCAGCCAUUGUCAAUUUUGUAACAAAGGUUAUGAUUGGUCAAGGGAAGAAAGAUUGAAAUUUCAUUGGUCUUUGAUUUUCUUACCAUUUUAUAACAUUGAUCAUGAUGAUGUUUACGAAUAUGGUCAGUGCUUAGAUAGCUUUAUUUGUAUAUUGUGUUGUGCUGCAAGAUAUUAUUUAUUCAAAGUCAAGGAUCUGUUCUGCACAUGCAAGUGAAAUUUAAAAAAAAACUUCACAACAAAAUGUGACGUCCAUUGGGAUUUUUACAAACAGAAAAGAAAAGGUUGUUUCUAUACAAAGAUAUUGAGUGUCUUGAUAUUGUGUUUGUGUUACCAUGGUUACAUAUGUAUAUUUUUAUAUGCAUUAGAAAGUAUAUUCGAAUGGUGAAUGAUUUUUUUUUUUAGAAUUUUACCCCAAUGCAAACCUACUUUAUUUUUAAGUUAGUAAAUAUAUAAAUAUGUAUACUGCUGAAAUAGACAAGCAGUACGAACAUGUGUUUGUAAUCGUAUUAUUAUCAAACCAAGUACUUACAGUGUAUAAAAAAAUUACUGUUGACUUAAUUUGCAUGUCAAUGUGAUCAUAUCAUGAAUCAUUAUGCAACUACAUUAUAGAAUGUUUGCUGUUUGUUAAACCUAUAUGACAGGUUGGUAGUUUUUUGUACAGAAUGUUGAAACGAACUGUUAAACUGGUAUAGACCACUGAGUCUUCCACAACAAGUGCUGAUGUUGGCAUACAGACUUUGUUGUUUUUGAUCGGGUAAUUGUUUUUCUGUAGAGUUUUUCGUUUUUUAUGGAGCGAGCUAUUUUGUAGAAUAAACCUUUUUACAUACUAUUUAAAAAUGUAAUCCUCAUACAACUGUGCUGAAAAUUUUAAAUUGUUAUAUUUGUUGAUUGUUUCUUGUUGUGGUUGUUCUCUCUGUAGGUUGUAUUCAACUCUUUUUUUUUUUCUUUUAAAGAUUUUAUUUAAAAAUUGAAAAAUUUGAUCUGCGUUAUUCCCCCCCCCCCUACAUCUCCCUGCUUAACUUAUUUUUCAAUACCGGUAUUUAUAAAUGAAAUCGUUAAUAUGUAUCAUAGCAUUUCACUGCUGAACCUAUUUUGUAAAUAGUAUAUACAUGUUGUUCAAUAGAUUUCUGCAUUGUACAGUGUAUUUUAUUAUAUAUUACGUCAUUAGUUGUUGUGUACAUAUAUCAGCUGUAUACACUGGGUGUGAAAUAAUUAAGUUGUGCUAAGGUUGUCCUGAAUAUUUAUUGCCGUUUUUUCUCCUCCUCCCUUUUCUAAUCUUCACAAUAUAUUAAACCACACCGGCAUUGCAUGUUAAAAGCAUUUUAUUACUUUGGUCAUUGUGGCAAAGAUAUGUUGACUCUGGGCAUUUGAACAUUUAAAAACACGUCUUGAUUUACUGCAGGUUUAAGACAGACAUUGGCUGAUUCAAAAUUACAUAUUUUACCUUCAUUUAAAGUGUUCAAAGAUGUGGGAAGUAAACUUUCUGUUUCCUCUACCAGACCUUAAUAUUUUAUGUUUCCUAUGGUAGCUAUAAUUUAUGAUUCAACUGAAACUUUUUUUUUUAUCAAAAAUUCAUUUAUCAUGUAUUAUAUUAUAGAUUAUUCCUUUGAACAAAAAUCUGUUGAAAUAUUUGAACUGUGAUUAUCUUUUUUGAUUGGAUUUCAUCGUGCUUUUUGAGCUCUCUCCAUUAAUAAAUUUGUACUUGGGUCUUCUUGCCGAAUAACUGCUGUAUUUGAAAUAUAUAUAUUACGUCGGAAAGUUUAGCUAUUUUUACCGUUUUUAUGAAAUCAUAGAACUCGGAUGGGCUGGUUUCGAACCCAGCGAAAGGAGUUCUACAACUGGGUGCUAUUAUCUCAUAUGCAUGAGUAUACAUGUAACGUGUGUGUGAGAUGUGUGUGCUUUUAUAUACAUAUAAAUCUGUACCUGAUGUUCUAAGCUUUACAAUGGAUAAGGUUUACAUGUAUAUGUUUUUUUUUUUGUACAAUGGUAUCUUAGUUUUUACAUAGUGCUCUUCAAAUCUGAGCAUGUCCAUAGCUAAUAACAAAAAAUUGUAUAUUCAUUUCAGUGUACAUGUCAAAAUAUUAUGAUCUUUUUUAGAUUAGAUAGACCUUAUGAUAUUUUUACUGUAAUCAUUUUUUGAAAACAGCUGAUCCAAAUCACUUCCAGCCAGGAAAAAUGAUAUAUCCACAUUAGUUAAGACAAAAUUUAGUUCCUGCAUGCCUGUUCAAUCCUUUGACAUUUCAUUCUGUAAACAGUUUAUGUUCUAGACUUUUCUGGAGAAGCCCUUGCUCAGUGAAGGAUCUCAACAGUAGAGCUGUAUCAUUUUAGAAUAGCAAUACGACAAGUAAUAAUGUUUAUCCACUCCCUUUUGAUCCACCAGUUAGAAAGUUGCUUCAUGUUUACGGGUGUUGCAAAGUUGGCAAGGAUUGGACAGGGUGUGCUAGUAGAAAAAUAUGAUUUUGUUGUACCAGUUUCAAUAUGUAUGCAAUAAAUUUCGUUUUUAGUGUGCAGAAA